AUGGCUCUCCUCAUACAAUGCAACAGAAAAUACAAUCAACGUAGACAAUCCAGGCACCACAACAGCAGCAACCACCCAGGGGGCAACCGCAUCUUCUGGAUCUUCCUCAAUUCCCAGUCCCCAUCAGACUUUGAGGUUCGGCUGGGCGCCUACCGGUUGGCUGAGACAAGCCCCAAUGAGAUCACAUACACGGUGGAUAGAAUCAUUGUGAACCCCCAGUUUGACAGUUCACCUCAUUAUGGAGACAUUGCCUUAAUCAGACUAACGAGCCCCAUCACCUACACCCCGUACAUCCUACCUGUCUGCCUGCCUUCAACAUCUAACUGCUUUCCUGACGGCAUGGAAUGCUGGGUAACUGGAUGGGGCACAAUUUCCUUAUAUGUGAAUCUACCAUAUCCUAAGACCCUGCAAGAAGUGAUGACCCCACUCAUUAACAGGACAAGAUGUGACCAAAUGUACCACAUUGACUCCCCGGUCAGUGCCAGUAGAAUUCCUCAUCUGGCAGCAGCUCUCUGCAAUAAAUGCCCCUUUUUGUCUUCCAGGGAGACUCAGGGGGGGCCCCUUGUCUGUAAAUUACGGGGAGUCUGGUAUCAAAUUGGCAUUGUGAGUUGGGGAAUUGGAUGUGCUUAUAAAAACCAACCUGGAGUUUAUACCCUGGUGCCGGCCUACAAGUCAUGGCUCUCCUCAUACAAUGCAACGGAAAAUACAAUCAACGUAGACGAACACUGCUCCACAACCGCCGCCACCACCACACAGAGGACAACCAUAUCUUCCUCUGCUUACUUGAGUAAAUCUGCCUUCCUGCCAAGUGCCUGCUUCCUGCUCUGCAUCUGGCUCAUAGCGAUGGCUAAGGACUAAACUACAUCUAGUAGAGGCUAUUAUCCCCACUGGCACCAUCUCUCCCUACUA